UAAACACAUGAAUGAACCGUGCUGUCGCGUGACGCGCCGCCGGCAGGGGACGAGCCCGAUUGGCUGCUGCAGGGCGGAAGCGCGACGCAGCAGCGUCGCUGCUCAUCCACCAAUCAGAAGCGGUGGUUCUGUUUCACAACAAAGAGGCAGAGCUUGUUACAAAAUCGCUGAAGCUCGUGGCGGCAACUUCGUCUCGUCCUCAGCUGCUUCCUGCUCCGCCGUGAAAACAGCCAAGUCGCUGCCGCCAUGGCGACUCGACGGUCAAAGCGCGCUGCGGCCGUGAAGGAGGAGGAGACCCGCGAGCGGCGGCUGGAGAGUCGGAGCCGGAGAGUCACUCUGGGCCCCAAACGUCAGAACUGUUCACCGGAACAAGACAGCGACACGGCCAAACCACUGAGGAAGAGAGUGAAGAAGGAAGAUUCAAACCAGAACGAGGAGACACGUGUCAAAAAAGAGAAGGUGUCGGUGGAACCCAGGGUUCUGUCCGAGUAUGAGCUGGAACGUCUGGAGAACAUCAGACAGAAUCAGAACUUUCUGUCCUCCAUCAACCUGUUCCAGGUGUCAGAUGAGCUCAGACAGACGACAAAACCAAAACCAUCACAGAGGGGCCUCAUGAGGUCUUCAGCCGCUGUGCUCCCAGUCCUUCCUCCUCGAAAGUCUCUGCGUCUGCAGAAGAAGGAAGCCGAGGUCUUGGAGCUUCCCCCGGAGUUCACCACUGCCGUGCCGAAAGAGCAGACCUUUUCACAGAAGAAGCCCCCGGGACCUCUGCCCAUGGACGCCAUCAACAUGGAGGAGGGAAGCAAGCUGCCCUCCGAGCUUCUGGACCUCUGCUCCGAGAAGGUGGUGGAGGAGAGGAAGCAGGACCUGGACCUGAAGAGCUACGUCUCUGCUCUGAAGGCCAUGAAGAUCUCAGAGGAACGAGUGGCGAAGGUGGUGGCCGACAGAAUCUUCUCUGUCGCCGUGCACCAGAGCUGCAGCCGCCCGCUGGUGGCCGCGGGAGACAAGUGGGGGAGGGUCGGUCUGUGGAACGUGGAGGCCGACUGGGGGGACGACGGCGUGCUGCUCUUCCACCCUCACAGUCGGCCCGUCCCCUGCAUGGCGUUCUCCCGAGCGAACCCCGCCCACCUGCUGAGCCUGAGCUACGAUGGCUCUCUGCGCUGCAUGGACCUGCACAAGGCCACGUUUGACGACGUCUACAACAUCGACGACGGCCUGAAAACCUUUGACUUCCUGUCACAUGACUGCUCCACACUGCUGGUGGGGACUUGGUACGGAGACGUGUCCGUCGUGGACCGGCGAACCCCCGGAAACUCCCAUGAGUCGCUUCACGUCAUGGACCCCAAGGGUCUGCGCUGCGUGAACGUCCACCCGGUCCAGAGCCAGUACUUCGCUGUGGCUGAGAGCAGGACGGUGAGUGUUUACGACCUCAGGAGUCUGAAGAAGAAGAGUGAGCCGCUGUUGCAGCUGGCUGGACACAGGCGCAGCAUUUCCAGCUGCUUCUUCUCGCCGCAUACAGGAAACCGCAUGGUCACUACGUGCAUGGACGACGCCAUCAGGAUAUUUGACACCUCAUCCCUCACCACGACAGCGCCGUUGCUCAAGUCCAUCAAGCACGACAUGCACACGGGCCGCUGGCUCUCGAAGCUGUCCGCCGUGUGGGAUCCCAAACGCGAAGACUGCUUCGCCAUCGGCAGCAUGGCGAGACCUCGGAGGGUCCAGGUUUUCCACGAGGGCGGCUACCUGCAGCACUCCUUCACCGACGACAACCACCUCACCACCGUGCUCUCCGUCUGCGCCUUUCACCCCCACAGGAACGUGUUAGUGGGCGGGAACUCCUCCGGACGCUUGCACGUCUUCACUGACUAGAAUCGCACCAUGUUCCCGACAUUCCCAGCGCCUCAUUCCCUCCAUCAGCUCAGCUUAGCCUUCCGUGGAGCAGUAGCCUCUUCUCUUUAUUGUCUUUCUCUGCAUCGGCACGCAACUUCUGUUAAACACUAAAUACAUUUGUUACUUGUAGUUUGUGAAGUUUGUUUUUUUAUACUUGAUAAUAAUAAAAACCAGUAGUUUAGUUCAUCGUUUCUGAUUUGUCCUGAAGGCGGCAGUGUUGCGACACGAAGGUGUUGAGUUGACGCUGUCGCGGUUCGGUGAAAUGUGCCGGUUCUUCUCAAAUAUGUAAAAAUAAACGAAUAAUAAUCACACUUUUCUGCUCUGAAAUA